GAGCUUGGUCGCGUGAAUACCAGCAGUGCACAGUCUUUGGAGAGCGCGCCAGCGAACUACAACAACCAAGCACCACAACGGCCGCCGCCGCAAACACCUCCAGCAACAUUACCCAACGACAUGUACCAUACAUUGCUUUCUCUGGGUGUGCCACCCCUUAUUGCCAGGGACGCCGCUUCCAGACACCCAGACUGUGUCAAUGCAGCCUUGGACUGGGCGUGCUCCUCCGAUCGCCGCCAUCAAAGACAGCACAUCGACGGAGCGAUUGAUGUUGAAAGGGCCGAGGAGGAGUGCGGCCUUCCCAUGCCCAUACCGCCAGCACCUGCCUCAUGGACACGACUAUUGCCAGCAGGCACCCUGCACUUACACUUACAAGAUCUUGAAGAUCCACAGGAGCAACCCGACACAUCCGACCAACCCUCCAUCCAGACAGGGCAAGUAUCCAACACAUCCAACCAACUUCAACGCCUCGAGCAGCCCCAAUCACUUUCCACCUUCCAGCAGCAUAUGAACACACGCACUCUUGCCUCAGCCACCCAAGCAGCUGCCUCCGCCUUCUGGCUAGGGAGGCAUGACGCGGUAGAAGCUGAGAGUGGCAGGCUUUACGAGGCCCAUUGCAACAUUGCACCUCGGAAUGUCGCAGCGCUCACUGAUCUCUUUUUGGAUUUACCCGUUGCAUGGCCCGCCCAACCUGCAGAUUACAACCUGACCUUCGAAAGCCUUCAUGCCUGGGAAGUGGAGCUCUUUCAGCAAAGAGCAGUGGACUCUCAUACGUAUGGUGGCACCAUUGCAGAUGCUUGGCAUCAGCCCCUGGCCUUGCCAAAGCUUUUACCAUUUUUUGCUGCGGUCCUGUGCCGCUUUGCAGAGCAUGCCGGCAUUGGCCGUGAUUUUGUUUUUGGCUUCCUGAUGUCUUUUGCGCCCUGGGUCGUUCAUCGAGAUGUCCAUGCUAUCUUCAACCCUCUCAAGCCAGAACAUGAGUGCAGGCCACGCAUUUUCUCCACACUCAUAGCAGAGAGCAACACUGGAAAGUCUCCAUUUUUCCGCCUGUGCUUGGAUGGAGUGUUUGUUUCCACACCCGGCAAACAAUGUCUCACAGACAGGCUCCAGUCUCAGUUUGCCGCCGCAGGGCCUGGCAAGGACAAGACUCUGUUUGUGCAAAACUCUACAAAUUCUGACUUUGCACGCCGCAUGAAGGCCAGCGAUGGGCACAUUGCUUGGUUGACUGAGGAGGCUUGGUCAGCUGUAGAUGUUGCCUGGGCAAAGGGCAAAGGCAAAACACAACCCACGCCUAUGAAGAUCAAUCAGGCCUACUUACAGAACACACAGAACGGCCAAGCGUAUGGCCCUCUCAGCAUCAAUGCUGAGCAGUUCUACAUCCCCACAACAAAUUUCACAUAUUUCCAUGCCGCGCAGCCUAAGCUGGUCCACGAUUACUGGGGCCAAAGCUUUUUUGCCGACUGCCCAUUCAACGGCAUGGGCUGGGAGUUCAGGCCUACUUUUUUGUUCCCGGGAAAGAUUCUGGACGAAGCCGAGAACUCUCCACAUGUCACCUUCCAGGGCGCAACAGCUUUCAUGCUAGACUUGUUUGCAACCUUGGCAGGGCUCAUGGGACACACCAUGGGUUCCAGAGCUUUCCACACAUGCCCUCUAGAACUCACCAGUGAAGCUGCUAUCCUGUGGAAGACUUUCCACCGAGUUGCUGAACAAGCAAAAGACAACGUGCCAGACUUUGCAGCUGGUGUGGUUGGCAAGCACUGCUUCACAACCACCUCCCACAUCACUACAUCGCACCUGCUUCACAAAGCCUUUGAACAUUGCACAGCCAACCGAGCGCACCUCCCAUUACUUCGUGCUGGCGACCCAGACUACCUUGCAGCCUUGGCGCAGCAACCUUUGGACUUUCUUCGCCAAAUUGCACCCCAGCACAUUCUAGCCGGCCCAGAGCACAUUCAUUUCAUGCUCCGAAACAUGGUCACUCUUCACAAUGAAAUGCGGCUUCCUCUCCACGAGCGAGCUGGCCCACAGACUUUGGAUGACCGAGGAUCCCGGCCAGCCAGACAACCGCGCGCAUGCGCGCGAUCACAGGCAGGGCAGCUCAACCCUAUGUCCGAUGACGACAAAGCUUUGGCCAUCCUGCUGCAAAAGUGUCAGCGCCAGCAGUACAUAACCGUGACCCAGGCCAACACAGCCAUCCCUGCCAGGUUCGGUUUUCGUUCAAACCGCGAUGGCUUGGAGCGCCUCUUUGAUUUGGCGGCGCGCUACGGCGCCGGCCAGCGCGAAGGCAGUGCGCAGCAGUCUUUGAGGCUGCGCCUCCACUUAAGCUCCAUGCCAGAAAGCAACAGGAGACAUCUGAACUUACCACUUCUCACCGUACCUCCAGCCAUGACCGGGAGCGGCAAAACUUUCAAGAGGCCAGCAGCUCACAUCCCGCCAGAGCAGCCAAAGCCUAAAAGCCACAAAGCGCAGCCACCGCAAGAGCAGCAGGCAGCGCCAGAACAAGCCCACGCUGCGCCAGCCAGAGCAGAGGAGGCAAAAGCAGACAAGAGGGAAGAGCUGGGUCCACCGCUCAUUCUGGACGGUCUCCCACUCAGUGCCUUUGAUGUGGCUAGCCGCAUCAACGCCAGCUUGGAGCAGAGGAAUGACACUCUACGGGUCAAGGCCACCGCCCUGAAGCGCAAAAAGCUCAAGCAGCUCCUGCCCUUUAGCCUCCGAUGUGCAACCUGCAAGCACAACACUUGCACAUGGUCCGGCAUCGCAGAAAUGGAUGCCACGUGUAGAUCCCUAUCUUACUUUGCAUACACAGGCAAACAACAUGGCCAGCCCAAGCCACCCGUGAAGGCAGGCAGAAAGUCUUCAGGAAGCCGCCCUGCCCUUUCAGAAACCCAGGUCGUUACUCAUAGCGGGCCCUCGGACCAAGCCUCGUUCAUGGCAGCUGUGUCCAAGCAUUUUCAAGCACAACCGUUGAACCAGAGCUUGACCAUCCAGUGCCACAAGCGCAAGCCGACCAAGAAGGGCUUGACUUGUUGUUUUACUUGCAAAACACAUUGCGAUGAGAAAAAAGGCCGCAAGGACUGUCCAUGGUCGGGCAUGGCCACCCUCAACACACAGGCAGAUCCUCCGCAAAUUCUCAUCCGCACUUCGCCCUCAUCAGCGCAUGCGCCCGAUGAGAAGCGGUUGUGGGGCACACUCACCCACAGGCAACGCACUUUGGUCUCAAGCGCAAGCCACCAGGCGCGAUUGCGCACGAUUGACGGCCUUUUAGCGAACAUGCGGCCGCGGAAGGCAGGUGACACCAAGCCUAAAAAACCAAACUUGCGCCAACUUCAAGGCUUUCUUCAGCGCUUUAGACAGAAGACAAAGGCACAGAGCAAAGAGAUUCCCCAUAGCAACAAGCAAACCUACUCUGCAGCAGACUUUGAAUAUCUGCGUGACCGCCUCAACGCAGACAUGGGUCGAGCCACUGCCAUCUCACCAACGGACUCUCGCCUUCGCCCCUCGGACCGGCAGCUCCGCUGCAUCGAUUUGCAUUUGUCCGAAGACAUGGUCUGCGCUCCCUUGAUAUGCCCACAGCUUCUCCACUUGACUUUGGACCUCCUCCCAAAACCUUGGAAUUUGAAGUUCUCAGCUGAUGGUACAUAUCGCUUGUUGUUCGGCCAGUACACCCUCCUCACACUGGGGGUGAAUGUGAAGAACUGGUCCCAGCGCAAGAGCAAUCAUCAUUUUGCCUACCGCUCAAGCUUCCGACCUCUUGCUUUUGCCCUGGCAAACACAGAGGAUGGUGAUGCCUACAAGCAUCUUCUAGCCACCCUCCUGCGGACAGCAAACACUUUGGGGCAUGACUUGCAGCCGCAGCACAUUACGCAGUUUCAUGGGGAUAUGCACAAGGGCCUUGAAAAAGCACGACAGGACAUCCUCCCCAACAGCCAACGUCUGGCCGACUGGGCCCACGUUACAGGAGCCACAAGCCAGGGCCCUAGCGGGUUGCGUGGCCUGCUCUCCAAAAGCCUCGGCGAUGACAAGCACAUCACCAGCAUGAUUCUGCAAUGGUGCCGCCUUUCCAAAAGAAUGACUGCCAUGCUCUUCCACGUGGUGUGGUCAGCUCUGUUCGAUUACUUGGGUCACCUCAGGCAUUCACGCUUGGUUGUCUCACUUCAACACCAGUACUUCCACCAAACAGCCUGUCCACAGCGUCUCUGGUCAGCCCCAUGGCGGUCAGGCCCUGACCGCAUCAUGCCAGGCACAGAUGUCGGGUCAGCCCCACAAGAAAGCUGGCAUGGGAACGUGCUCAAACCGUCGUUUCCCACCACCAAGUACGAGCCCAUUGAAAUUGCAAACAAAUUGCAAGCUUUCAUCGUUGAGCCUGCCCUCCUGGACUUGGAGGAAAUGGCACAAGAAGGCAAAGCGUUGCAAGAUUGGCCAUCCAUCGGCCAGUUCAUCGACCAGCACACGCUGCGCAACGCAUCGAGUUUGGCAGCAGAAGGCCGUUCCACACCUCACUCAUUGCUCGAGCUGGGCUUCCAUCAAACAUUUGUGGACGCUGACAACAACUGCUGGAUGCUGGUUCCUGCCUCACGCUGGAAGGUGGAUUGGACAGGAGCACGCCCAAACCAGAAAAAGAAGCAAUACAAGGAACGGUCUUUCUCCCCCCUCGCGCCCUCCACAGUCAAUGCCUGUGUCAAGCUGGUGCAGGCCACAAGCCCCGACCAAGUUCGAAGCAUCCUUGACAGCUUGGGUUUGUAUGAGUCCACCACCGGACACUUUCAGUGGCAAAAGGCUGCCAAGCUCUUUGAUGAUUGGAACUUGGUGGUGCAAGGCCCAAUUUGCGAGCAGUACUGGCAACUGCAUGGCGCGCCACUUUGCCCGGAGGCGGAUCGCAAUCCACAUGCUUUUUGCCUGUGCUUCAAUUGCGGUGUGGCCGCACGCUGGGGGCCAUGCGAGCACGCGUACUCCCUCAUGCUCCACCAAAACACCAUCGAUGUGGUCCAGCUGCCGCGUCCACAGCCCAAGGGCCGGCCAAAGACACGCUCACAGCAUUGUCCGCCCGGUGGCACCCUGACUCCAGGGCCAGCUGUCUCGAGAGCUUCUCCAGCCACGCCUCUCCCCGCAGAUGUACUUCAGUCGCAGGCCUUGUCUGCUUCGGAGUCCGUCCUGCGAGAAUUGCUCCGUCGCGCCGGCUGCGGCCACUACUUCCCGGCCAUGAAGCGGCACGGCGCGACGGUCCAAGCUCUUUCAUCCUUUGGCUUUGCUGAUUUCGUCACGAUCUUCGGCAUGAAGGUUUCCGAAGCUCACAUUUUGAUGUCGACCUUGAAAGACGAGGCUGGGAGCAUUUGUGCGAAAGAACUUUGGAGCUGCCACCGUGUUCUUCUCACUGACAUUUCCAUAUACUUUCAAGAUUUUGCGUGA